AUGCCGAAGCCCACCAAGUCAUCCGCAUCUUCCGGUACUCGCAAAAAACAUGCGCGUAAAUCAGGCAAGAAUGAUGAGGGCCAAGCCCCUCCUCCGAAGGAUAAAAGAUUGAAGGGAAAGGACAAGGCGAAGGCGAAGGCAGAGCCGAAGAAGAAAGUGUACAUUCCUCCUUUGAAACCUGCGCCGGUUCAGCAGGACCCCUUAGAUAGCCUUGGACUAGCAAAGGUGUUACCACCAGACCUCGUCGUCGUGCUGAGAAGGCUGAGUAAGAAGGAUGCAGUGACGAAGGGAAAGGCUUUGGAGGAGUUGAUGAGCUCGUGGGUCGGGAGAGGUAAUGAUACGGAGUCGACACUGGAGGUUGCGAUGCCGGUAUGGCUACACCACCUCCCAUCCCUAUUCCUCCACCCAUCUCGCCGCAUCCGUCUGCUCGCCACAUCUCUCCAUGUCUCGUUCCUCCGGCUCACACCACUCCGGAACACUCUCCUCUAUCAUCUCCGCGAAAUAUCAACUCAAGAUCAGGCUGAAUCCGUCCUCGGAGCCUGGUCAAUGGCUUCCAGAGAUGUCGACCGUCAAGUAGCUUCCUACGCCCGCAGAUCCUGGACCGACUGCAUCUCUAUACCUCUUCCCUCCUCACCGGAAACGGAAUCAGACCCAGAAAAGCCGAAGGAACAGGAAAAGCCGACGUUAUCUUUGGAAGGAGAGUUCGUAACAGGAUUGCUGUCGUUCGUCCAGAGAGCGGUUAUGGACCCCGCUGGACUGUAUCUAUAUUUGAAUCCGGUUCAGGUGGCAGUGUCGCAUUCUUCACAUCAUCACCAUGGCGCUGGACGCCCAAAUAGGGGCAGAGGGCCGGUGCAAGUGAAGAGAGAAGAGCGGGAAGUCGAGGUGGAAAAGAAGGCCGAUGUGGAUGAGGAGAGUGAGGUGGAUAGGAGGGCGAGGUUAAGGAUCGGAGGACUGGGAGUGUUGCAAUAUCUCAUAGGCCUAAACCUUCCCAUCUCAGAGACUCGCACAUUCACGACACAACUCAUGCCGAUUUUAUCGUCCCCCGAAUUAUGGUCAUCGCUACAUCACGCUUCACCAUGUCCAUUCGCUGACCCCGGUGAAGAUGGUUCCUUUGGUCACGGGCAACCUGUAGUGAGGACAGCGACUUGGAACGUUCUAGCAGCACUUCUCACCAAUAAAGGUGCUAUGGAGAACGAGCUCGUCGAACUUCUGAGUGUUGCUGUUCUGAGGUCAGCGUUCGUGGAACCAGACCCACUCGUUCGGACCGCUAUGUGGAAACCUCUUCUGCUGUUCUUGAAAGACCAUCCUACCGCUUGGGAGCUAGGAGCCAAGCUUGAUGCGGCACAGUCAAGUCCACGACCGGAUGGGGAACAUGAGCAUGACGAGGAUGAGGACGGCUCGGACGAUGAAGAUGAAGCCCAUGCUGAACAAUCGACUCAGCCACCGGCACAACCAGAGCCACAGCCAGAUGCUCCACCACACCGCUCAAAGGCCUACUCCGAAUUCCUCCAGUUCCUCGAGCUGGGCUGCUCGGGUUCUCCGACACAAGGUUACCCGACGAUCGUUAUCAUCCUUUCGACAAUACCCUCUUCCAUCCUUUUGUCUAGCGACAAUGCCGACCCGUCGUCUUCCACCUCAACUUAUCCCGCCUCCGAGCUCUUCACAUCCUUCUGGGCUGCCAUCGAUGGUCGUGCCCUCUCCUCCCUGGAUCGUUCGACCACCUCCGCGGCCUUCCUAACAUCUCUGCUCGAAUGUCUCUCAUUCAUCAUCCGGAGACUCCGCUCUUCGCAACAACCCGAGUCAGACGCACAAGUUUCCGAGACCCAUGGCGCAGUCACGGAGAUGGUGAAAGAUCAGUACAAGAAGGUCUGGGAAGAGGUCAGCGAAGGACGACUCAAAGUCGAGGUGAAGUCGUUUGGAAGGAUAGUUGCGGAGGGCUUGCAAGGUCUCGAGAAGAUGGAUGCGACUCUGUUUGAGGCUGCUUGGGAGGCAUUCACGCAUUCGAUAAGUCACGCCCCAUCUGAGCCCACAGCAGAGUCAUCGCCGGCGUCCUCUCGACUCGUCACAACUACUUUGAAGACGAUGUAUGAUGUUUUCGAGGAGGGCACAAAGGCAAAAGAGAGGGUGAGCGAGAUGGUGAGAGAAGUCGUGAUACAUGCUGCGCAGAGGUGUAAGGUUGUUUUGGAUGAAGCUGUCGGUGACGCCCGGGCACAGGAGAGGGCGCGUGCAUUGGACGGGUUGAAAGACGUACUUCAAGUGUUUGAGGGUAUUGUUUGGGGCGACAAGGAGUUUUCAGAGCUCGUUGACGACACCAUGAACAAACACUCGGCUCAUCUUCUCCUCAUAUCUCCCUCCCUUCUCAUGGCGUACCUCGCUUCUCGAACACCUUCAGAUAUGCAGCUCACGCUCGGGUUGUGGCGCUCGAUCCUUAUUUCCUUAUCGUCGGCUCCUUCUAUGGUGUAUGGUGCUCUUCCUGCUCUGCUUGAUGCCGUCGAGAAAGGUCAUGCUCAGGGUAGGGAAGGAAAGGGUGAUGGUUGGGUGGCAGAGAUGCACCCAGAGGAGAGGGAGUUUGAUGAGGUCUUGAUGACGCUGUUCGGGGAUGCUACCAGCGGUGGAAGCGCAGGAAGAAGUCGAGAGGCAGUCGACUGUUCUUUUUUCUUUAUAUUAGAACCCUUCGUCACACCCUCUUCCUUCGAAACUUUGUUUCAACUCCUCGUCGGUUCCUUCACUCAGCAGUCAACCUCGUUACUCGUUUCCGAAUCAGAGUCACUCCCAUCGCCAAUCUCGUCGUCCUUCAGUCAACUCGAAACUUUACUUCGGCUCGUGGCGGUUUCACUCAAGGUCCGUCCGGACCUUGGAGAGCAGAACCCGAGCUUGUUCGUCGAGGCCUUUAUCGUUGGCUACCUACUACCGAAGUCUUUGGACGAGCUGGUAGGCAGCAAGAUGGAGAGUACGGCGAAGAACGUUUGGGUUGCGUGGGCUAGCGUGAAGGGUAGUGAGGGUACGGUAUUGGAUGGUUUGAAAGCGAAGUUGGCGGAUGUUUUGGGGGAUGUGAAUGUGCGGGCGAGUCCGGAAGAUAUUCUCCGAGUGGCGUCUGAUGAUAUUCCAGGCAUUCCUUCAUCUCUGCACAGUGAUAUACUCCCCACUGUCCACCAAUUGGACAUCAAGCUUUCCUCACUACGCUCUACACCCGCCCACCCUAUACUUGCCAUCACACAAUCACUCGUCCCUCCGCCUUCAACAUUCUCAUCUCCCACGCUCGAGUCCGGUUCUACAUCCUUCGACUCAAUCGGCUUCAGCUCAUAUGCACGCCUCGUCUCCGCUCUCCUUCAGACCUUCACAUCCGACCUCUACAAAGCCAGAUCAAACAUCUGGGCACUGAAGCACUUCAUUGCCCUCGCAACUUACGCCGAGGAAAGCAUCCAGCUUCCGGUCAUAGAAAGCGAAGUAUUCCGCACUGGUCUGGACAAGGAAGUCCUCGAAGGCUUGAGGGAGAGAGCGAAGAUGAUGCAGGCUUAUUUACUUGUUCCGCCGAGCGAUACGGCUGGAGGAAGUUGGCAUGUAAAAGUCGUUAAAGCUGCUCUUCCGGUUGCGGAAGGCAAGGGCCGGGUGACCACGAGUCAGGAUGGGAUAGAGGACUUGCUGUUGAGUCUGGUAGAAGACGGGAAGAAGGAAGAUACAUAUAGGACGUCAAGGGUAUUGUUAGAAGUAUUGAAGCAUGUGCUUGUCGAUGCGGGCAAGGCGGAUACUGAGCAGUGGAUGAUGCUUGCUAGGAGAUUAGAGAGAGGUGCCCCUCAAACUUCCCUGGCCAUCGUCCAUGCCAUUGCCCGUCAAGGCUCUGAGCCACCUCUCCUCGCGCGCUACCGAAACGAACUCGCCGCCGGAAUCCUCGGUAUAUCUCCCAGCAAAGCUAAUACCGAGGGUCUCACCCUGCUCCGUCGUCUCACCGCCUCCGCACCUGAUCCUGAAAGCGACGUCGUUUUCUUGCCGCAGCCCCGAGCCGUGAACUUCAUGAAGACAUGCCAGAAGUGGAUUACUGGGAACGAUGAUGAGGACGAAGACGAGGACGGUAUCGAUGACGAUGUGCAGAGUGAGAUGACAGGCGUCUUCAUGGACAUGGUGCCACUUUUACAGAACGUGCCCGGGAGUCAUUGGGAUCUGAUCUUUGAUAUCAUCGAGAACAAUCUCGAGAACGCUUCGUUCGAAGAUGACGAGACUUUGGUCGUCCUAUGGAGGACGGUCAGGCUUAUUCAGAUGAUUCAGGAUCUUGUGGUGUACAAUAAGGCCCUGAAAGCGGACUGGCAGGAACGACAGAUGACGAUCCUUGGUCUCCUGCGUGACCUUGUUGCUGCUCAGCCAAAAUCUGCCAAGCCUUCGACACCGCGCUCAUUAUGCCGUGAAGCUGCGCUCUCAAUCGUUCAGACACUCCCAACUUCGUUGAUUAACCAGAACACACUUGCAGAGGUACACGCACAUUAUCUCAAAAACUCAGCAAUUUCUAACAUGGUCCAUCUCCUGCUAGAUCCCUCGCCGGAUGUACAGAAGAUGGCCUAUGAUCUACUGCAAGAAGCGGCUAAGAAGCGGACGGAGUACCUCGUCAUCGAGGUGGGCGUCGAUACCGAAUCAACUGUCAAGCCUGAGCUGCCCGCAGAGCUCAUCAGCAUUCUGGAGAUGACCUUAGACUCGAGUGAUCUUGAGGAUCACAGGGAUCCUAGAGUAUUCGCAUGCCUAUUAGGAUGGAUGAUUGCAUUCGAUCUUUUCACAGAUACUUCCAUGAAAGUCCGCUCCGGAUACACCGAGCAAAUUCGGAACCUUGAUCUCGUAGCAUCAAAUUUUAUCCCCCUCGUCCUCAACAUCCUGAAUCUUUGGAAUGGACUUGGCAAGGCAUUCAAGCUCGAUCUUUGGUCUAUCAACGAACAUUACCUGUCAUCUUACGAUCCGGACGAUACACUCAGUUUGAAGCUACUCACUGCACACCUUUACUACCGUGCCCUUCUCACCAUCCCGUCACUCAUCCGUUCCUGGCUUCACGACUGUAAAGAUCGCAAUCUUUCAGCGUCAGUCACCAACUACACCUCUCAACACUUCUCUCCCGUGAUUAUCAACACCGAGCUCGUACAGCUCCGGAUCCGGCGCGUCACUUCCGAACUCGACGACGAGAACCUCUCAAUCAAAGUCGCCACGAAUGUCAACGAGGUCACGGCGGUAUAUACAGUGGACGAGCAGCAUCUGACAAUCACGCUGAAGGUUCCGGCUGACUGGCCUCUCCAUGGGAUCGAGGUUAAGGAUUCGCAGCGCGUGGGCGUGACGGAGAGUAGGUGGAGAGGUUGGUUACUGGGCGUGCAACAGAUUGUUUGGGCACAGAAUGGACAUAUCAUAGAUGCCUUGAGCCUCUUCAAGAAGAAUGUAUCCUUGCAUUUCGAAGGGCAGGGCGAAUGUGCCAUCUGUUACUCCAUCAUCAGCGUCAUGGAUGGUGCUCUACCCAACAAACCCUGCAAGACGUGCAAGAAUCGUUUCCACUCAUCGUGUCUGUACAAGUGGUUCAAUACCAGUCACUCGUCGAGUUGUCCUUUGUGUCGUUCAGAUAUCAUGUAA